CGUCCCUUCACUGCUUCCGUAUACCACCCACCGACGCUCGAAGAGCGUGCACGCCGCUUGCAAACGCGAGAACAGCGCGCUUUACUCUGGCGCCUGUUCUUCUCGGUCAUUGUUGCAAUCCCGACCUUUAUCAUCGGCGUCGUCUACAUGAGCCUCGUGCCCCACACCAAUGCCACGCGCCAGUGGUGGAUGCGCCCCAUUUGGGCUGGCAACGCCGCGCGCAUCCAAUGGGCCCUGUUCUUCCUCGCGACGCCUGUCAUGUUCUAUAGCGCGGGCACGUUCCAUCGGCGCACCAUCAAAGAGAUCUAUUCGCUCUGGCGCAAGGGCAGCCGCAUGCCGGUCUGGAAGCGGUUCGUGCGGUUCGGCAGCAUGAACAUGCUUGUGUCCAGCGGCGUAUCCGUGGCGUACUUCGCGUCGAUUGCGCUGCUCGCGCUGUCCGCGACGCAGCAGCGCUCACCCACGGGCGACGGCGACUCGACUACAUGGUUCGAUUCGGUAGUGCUGCUCACCAUGUUCCUUCUUGCCGGCCGCUACCUAGAAGCAUACAGCAAAGGCCACACCGCCGACGCGAUUACAGCGCUGGGAAAGCUCCGCCCCACCUCUGCGCUUCUCUUGUCGUCCGCGCCACGCAAAGUGACGUUCUCCACGCCCAACCUUACGCUCACCGACUCGGACGAUCCCGAGAAAGGCGUGGCGGACGAUUCGGACGUUGUCGAGAAGCCGCUCGGCCGCUCCUCGGUCGUGCGUGUGCCUGCUGACCUUCUCGAGGUCGGCGAUGUCGUGCGCGUGCAGCAUGGCGCGAGUCCGCCGGCGGACGGCACGCUCGUCAACGUCGGGGCCGAACACGCCUCAUUUGAUGAGAGCUCGCUUACGGGCGAGAGCCGCUUAGUCAAGAAGCUGGCCGGAGAUAGCGUGUUCGUCGGCACCAUCAAUCGGGGUGCCAUCGUUGACAUCAGGGUCGACGCGAUCGGAGGCGAAACUAUGCUGGACCAAGUCGUCAAAGUCGUCAGGGAGGGCCAGACCAAGAGGGCCCCUAUCGAGCGCGUCGCGGACCUCUUGACGGGCUACUUCGUGCCUGUGGUCACUCUGAUUGCCAUCUUGACUUGGGUGGUCUGGCUCGCCCUCGGCACCAGCGGUGCGCUGCCGCGCGACUACCUGGACAUUCAGGUCGGAGGUUGGACUGUUUGGUCUCUGGAGUUCGCGAUAUCGGUCUUCGUCGUCGCCUGCCCUUGCGGCAUCGGCCUCGCCGCGCCGACCGCGCUCCUCGUCGGCUCGGGGCUCGCGGCCAAGUUCGGCAUCCUCGUCCGCGGCGGCGGCGAGGCCUUCCAGGAGGCCGCGCAGCUCGACCUCAUCGUCUUCGACAAGACCGGCACGCUCACCGAGGGCGGCGACCCGCGCGUCGUCGACGCGGACCUGCCCGCCGCGUCCGGCUGGGAGCCCGCGGUCGUGCACGGCGUCGCGGCCGAGCUCGAGUCCGCGAGCACGCACCCGCUCGCGAGUGCGAUCCGUGCAUACUGCGACGGUGCGCGCGGGACCCCGCAGAGUGCGGUGAGCGUCGCCGAGACCGCGGGGCGCGGCCUCAGCGCGCGCUUCGACGCGCUCGCCGCCGAGGCCGUCAUCGGGAACGAGGCGUGGAUGGCGGAGCACGGCGUCGCGGUCGACGGCCGCGUGGACGCGCGCCUCGGCGCGUGGAAGGCCGAGGGCAACAGCGUCGUGCUCCUCGCGCUGCGCCGGCUCGGAAAGGCCGAGGAGGGCGGCGAGGGGUUCGUGCUGUGCGCGGCGUACGCCGUCGCAGACCCCCUGCGCACGGAGGCACCCGCCGUCGUAGCGCUCCUCCAGGAGCAGGGGCUCGCCACGUGGAUGAUCUCGGGCGACAACCCGGUCACGGCGAAGGCGGUCGCGAAGAAGGUGGGCAUCCCUGAGACGAACGUCAUCGCGGGGGUGCUCCCGCAUGAGAAGGCGAUGAAGAUCCAGUGGCUGCAACAGGUCGGCAUGAAGCGUGCGCCGCGCGGCUGGCAUCGCUGGAUAGGCGGGCGCAGGCUCAACAAGCGGUGCAUCGUGGCGAUGGUAGGAGACGGCAUCAACGACGCUCCCGCUUUGAGCGCUGCCGACGUUGGCAUCGCAAUCGGCUCAGGGAGCGACGUCGCGAUUUCAAGUGCCUCGUUCAUCCUCGUGUCCUCUGAGCUGCGCAGCUUGCUGACGCUCAUCGACCUCUCGCGCACAGUCUUCCAGCGCGUCAAGUUCAACUUCCUGUGGGCGAGCAUUUACAACCUCGUCUCGCUGCCGAUCGCGGCUGGCAUCAUUUACCCUAUCCACGGCCACCCGCGCCUGCCACCGGUGUGGGCUUCGUUGUCCAUGGCCCUGUCGUCCGUGUCUGUUGUUUGCAGCUCGCUGCUCCUGAAGCUUUACAAGGAGCCGUCCAUUUCUCGCGCAUGAUAGCGCCGUGACCCAGUACCACUCUGCACUAUACCCUACAGCUGUUGUAAGACCCGAUACCAUAGUCUUGUGUAGUAUUUUUGGUUUCUGUUGUAAUAGUAAUUCGUGUACCCC